UUCAGACACUUAAACAUCAAAUUAUUCAUGAUUAGUCUAAUUGUAGAUCUACACAGAUACCGAGAAAGGAUCUACAAACAGAAGAUACCCCUCAAAGACAUGGAAGAAGAGAUCAAGAACUUCACCAUGGUAUGGCUUCCAGCAAUCACAUCUUUGACCUAUUGUCAUCUCAUCACCUCAAGAAUCCCAAAGGGCUUCCCAAGGCUCAUCUCCCUCCUCCCAAUCUUCUACCUCUUCAUCACUCUCCCUCUAGCCCUCUCUACCUUCCACCUCACUGCUGUCACCUCCUUCUUCCUCACAUGGCUGGCCAAUUUCAAGCUCCUUCUCUUUGCCUUCCACCAAGGUCCUCUCUCUGAAACCAACAAACUCCUGCAUUUCAUGCUGGUGGCUUCUCUCCCCAUCAAAAUAACCCCAAAUCUACCUCCCAAAUCAAAAAAUAACACUAACCUAUCUCCCCAAAUCCCCCAUCCAACCCAUGAACCACAUCAAGCUUCAAACUUUCUCAAACUUGCCAUCAAAAUUGCCCUUCUGGUUAUGCUACUUCUGGUCUAUGAUUACAGGCAAUAUUUGCUUCCCCAUUUGGUUUUAGUCCUUUAUUGUUGCCAUUUGUACCUUGAACUUGAAAUUCUCCUGGCCCUGGCUGCCAUCCCAGCUCAUAUUUUUGGCUUUGAGAUCGAGCCGCAGUUCAACGAGCCCUAUUUGGCCACCUCUCUGCAGGACUUUUGGGGCCGUAGGUGGAACCUUAUGGUGUCAAGUAUUCUACGCCCUACAGUAUACAUUCCUGUACAGCGUAUAUCCAGUUGCGUGAUUGGAAUACGAUGGGGCCGGUUGCUAGGUGUCGUUGCCACAUUCGUUGUUUCGGGUCUUAUGCAUGAGUUGAUUUAUUAUCAUGUUAUACGUGCGCCUCCCACAUGGGAGGUGACUCUGUUUUUUGUCCUGCAUGGAGGGUGUGUAGCUGUUGAGAUUUUGGUUAAGGAAGCCUUGGCUGACCGGUGGCAACUGCCCCCCCUACUUUCACGGCUGUGCACGGUGGCGUUUGUGGCGGUGACUGGUAUAUGGCUGUUUUGCCCUCAACUAUUCAGAAGUAAUAUGGAUGAAAAGGCCUUGGGGGAGCUCUCAGUGUUGGUAGAUUGUAUCAAAAGAGUGAUAGGAAAGCGAUAAAUCUAUCUUAGUGAUAUGUAAAUUGAUGUGAUAGUAUGUGUAUGGAGAAAAUUAUGGUCUCUUUUUUCUCUUAGUUUCAAAUCACUUAAGAAAAGGUAAUGUUGUUUUACGUGGUGUAGGAUUCUUAAGUUUAUGUCAAAAGAAUAAGACAUUAAAAACCGUUUGAUUUGUGUUAUAGAAAAAUGUAAUGUAUUAUCUUUUUUAA